AUGGACAGCGACGACAUCGACGGGGGGACAUGGGGGUCUGGCGUCUCAGCGUCUGAUCGGGACCAAAGGUCAACACAGCCCUUGCUUCCGUUUGGGGGGAUGGGUGGGACGACGACGGAGGAGGUGGAGCGUGGGCGAAGCUGCUACGGCACUCGUGCGGAACAGGUCAUCCUCUUGCAACACCCCCUCGUCAGUCCCGUAUCCGUUCAAGUGCGACGAUUGGACGACGCGCAGAUCAGCCACACAGCAAGGGGAGAGACUUGCAACACGCCCACACCACGCUCGCAACGCACCGCCCGGUUGGAUCGUAUCUUCCCCCGUGCGUUUGUCACCGUUGCGGCGUUGGCAGACCUUUCCUGACCGGGGAGGGGACGGUGAGGGGCCAGCGCGAGUGGUGGGAAGACCCCAGGAGGGGAUGGUAUCUCACCGCCUAUCAGCAGGGGCAAUAACGCUCCCGCGCGCAACCAAUGACCCUCAGACACACGAAAAAAACCGCAGAGUUUGGGCGGCGUCAUUGCCUUCCGAGCACCCUGGCGGAAAGCAUGGCCAGCGAGCACGCUCAUUUCG